AUUUUCUGGUCCGCCAAAUCCCUCCAGUUCCAUGACUCCUUCCCCACCCUCCAUCUUUUCUUUUUUUAAAGACAGAGUCUCGUUCUGCCCCCUAGACUGGGAUGGAGUACAGUGGCGCGAUCUCGGCUCACGAAACCUCUGCCUCCAGGUUCAAGUGAUUCUCCUGCCUCAGCCUCCUGAGUAGGACACCAUGGAUACCCGGGGACCAAUCUUCCAGCCUUUCCAGCGGCCUGAGAAACCUGGUCGUGUCCGCCGUCGGAAGACUAGGCGGGAACGUAACAAGGCCCUGCUGGGCAGCCGCCGGCCAUUAGCCCAUCAUGAUCCUCCUGUGGCCAUUCAGGAUCCACCUGUGGACCCUACUGCCUCCAAGCUCGUGGUCAUAACCCAGGGCCGGCUGAGCCGGGAGCACCGGGGUCUCUUCAACCACGAGGUGAAAUCCCUAGAUGUUGGAAGGCUGCUUAGCAGUGGAACCCUGGCACCGGGCAGCCCCACACUCUCUGCCAAGCCCUCCCCAAGCCCAGGGAGGGCCCAGAAGCCAAUCUCACAGUCCAGGGACAAAGAGAACCAGGUUCCUGGAGGUUCAGGCCCAGGCCCACCCAGUUCCCCAGAGUUGCCUAGCAUGGGGCAACUGCUGGCAGAGCUGCAGUGCCAGCUGAGUUUGCCACAGGCCUUCCCCCGGAGGAACCUAGUUCAGGAUGCCAGGGAUGCCAUCGUGCACACCUUGCAGGCCUGCCAUGGUUGUGUGCCUGACCUUGCCCUGGUGCUCCAGGGCUGCCAGCCACCCUUGCCAGGGGCCAAGCCUGGGGGCUCUGAGAGAAGGAUGACACCCUUCUGGAUCAAUAUCCCUGAUCAAGUCCCAGAGGAAGAGAGGCAAAGGAAGCAACAAGGGACAAAAGAGUUUACCUUCCCCAUGCCCCCCUCCUCCAGCGUGCCCACUGUGCAUAGGGAGAGCCUGGCACCGUCAAGAGGUCCCUGGCCACCCCCUUUGCCCUCACUGUCUUCACCAUCUGGGGCAGCCUUGGGUCCCCCAACAGCAUUUGACUUGCUAAAAAGCAUCUGGCUGGUAGCCACGCCACCCCCUCCUCAGCCCUGGGGGAUUGGAACCCCUCAGCCCAUGCCUCAGCCUUCAUCACCCCUGUUGCCCCGGACCUCUGUCCUGGACUGGAGCCCCAGCCCCCCUGCCCCGCUGCCCAGUCUCUCCUGGGUAGUGGCCCGGAACAGUCCGGAAGCCUGGUCUUUUCCACCUAUGAGACUGUAUUGAGGAGGGGUUGAGGCUAGGGCUAGGGACGGAUAUCUUGUACUCCCAGUGACCUCAAUAAAGUAAUUCUGUGGUCCUCUUGA